CUAUCUGAAAUCGAAUCAGCCGAUCAAGAGGGAGACACGAUGUGGCACGAAGCUCGUCGGUCGGAGAGGAAGGUCCAUGACAUGAUGGACGCCGCCCGGAAGAGGGCACAGAGGCGGGCGGUGUAUCUAGCCAAGCGACGCGGUGAUCCACAGCAAUCCAUCCAGGUCUCAGGCUCUCGCUGCCGUGUGUACCGUGAUGAUGGCCUCUACCAAGCCACCGAAGAUCAGCAAGGCCUGAUCCCAUGGAAUGGGAAACAGGACAUUAUGAUUGACAGAUUUGAUGGCCGUGCUCUUCUCGAUUUUAUAAGAGACCCUGAUUCUAGACGUUUCCGUGUCAUUGAGAAGACAGAGGAAGAAGAAGAAUUAGAAGAGUUUGUUAGUUUUGAGCGUUACCGGGAUUUAAUUAAGCAUCGACGUAGAGGAUUUAGUGACGAGGAAGGUUUGCAGCAUGUUAAUCAAGAGAUGGAGGCUAAAAGUGCUGCUUUAUUUGGAUUAGACAGGUCUCAAACAACCCAAGCCCCAGCAAAUAGGGGUUCAUAUUCACAAGUGGGCUUCUCUUAUGAUGGGGAUGUAAAAGAGGAAAAUCAAGACUCAGAUGAUGAUGAUGAAGAAGAAGAUGAUGACGAAGAUGAAGAGGAUUUUAACAGUGAUGAUAGCAACGAUGAAGGAAUGGAUAUAAUUGCCAAGGAAUUUGGAGUGAAGAGGUAUGGGUGGCUUGUAUAUAUGGAUAAAAAGGCCAAGGAGGAGGAAAGGAGGCAAAAAGAAGUGGUGAAGGGAGAUCCUGCAAUUAGGAAGCUGAGUCGUAAAGAAAGAAGAAAGGCUUCUCAAAUUGAAAGAGAGAGGGAGAGAGAAUCAGCACGGGUCUCUGGAAGUAGAGUUCUUCAUCAUGAUCCCUACCGGGAGUCUAGACGAAGUCCAACAUAUGAAGCUUAUUCACGUUCUAGAAGAUCUAGAUCACGAUCGUACUCCCCUUCACAAUCAAGGCGUCAUGGCCGUGGUCAUUCUGAUGAUACUCAGCGGAAUAAUCCUAGGGCUCCAAAAAUAGAAUACAUCACGGAGUUUGGGGGCUCGACGGACGGUGGUGGACCCAAGCUUGCUGGAUAUACUCCUCCAUCAUCUCCUCCAUCCCAAGUUGAUGCAUUGAACCGGCCAUCAUCUGGUCAAAUUCUUGAAGCCUUGCAUAUUGAUCCUGCAUCUGGUGUAUCCCUUGAUGGUGAAAGAAAUGCCAAAUUGUCAAAACCAUCAGCAGGAUCUUCAUCAGGACUAGCCAAGUUAAAUAAGCCUUCCGGUAGUGGAAGUCUUGCAAAACAACAGGGAGAGAAAAAAGAAACACCUCAGGAGCGACUUAAGCGGAUUAUGAGCAAGCAACUAAACAAGCAAAUCAAGAAAGAUACUGCUGCAGAAAUGGCUAAAAAACGAGAACAAGAGCGCCAGAGGCUUGAGAAACUGGCUGAAACCAACAGACUAAGUAGAUACAGGCACCGAAGCCGUAGCAGAAGUUUCAGUCGUUCACCCCCAAGACGAUAUAGCCGGCACAGUAGAAGUCCAAGUAGGGGCAGAAGCUCUCGAAGAUAUCAUUCUCGGUCCCGUUCUCGCUCACGUUCUGUAUCGCCAGUGCGGUCCUCUCGUUCCAUCUCUCACUCUCGGUCUCCAAGGGUGAGAAGCCGGUCCAAGUACUAAUAAUAAUAGCAAGUUGCAGCAGAGGUUUGAUUGUGACAUCCACCUUUUUUUGGGUUUCUGUGUUCUGGUGUCUGUUGUGUAGGCAGACUAUAUUUAUGUGGUGUACGUAUUAUAUUUGGUAUUUUUAUUUCAAAAUCUGUAGUUAUGUUUGAGAUA